CUGAAACCGUGUGUGACAAACCUUGUGUGACAAAAAACUAAUUGUUGUUAAUGAAUACCCCGUCAACAAGAGAGCUCUAUAGUGAUUCAGUAGACCCUAACAUUUUCCUCCUCCAAUUUUCAGACAUUCCAUUUUUUAACAAUGGCUUUAGCCAGGAAGUUGGUCCAGGUCCUAAGAAAGGCAAAGAAAUUAGGACAGGAUGAUCCCAGAAGAAUCAUUCACUCCUUUAAAGUUGGAUUUGCUAUCUCUUUAGCAAAGAAAUUAGGACAGGAUGAUCCCAGAAGAAUCAUUCACUCCUUUAAAGUUGGAUUUGCUAUCUCUUUAGUUUCCCUUUUCUACUAUUUCCAACCUCUUUAUGAUGGGUUCGGUUCCUAUGCAAUGUGGGCUGUUUUGACUGUCAUCGUCGUCUUUGAAUUCUCUGUAGGAGCAACACUUGGGAGGGUUUUAAACAGGGGAUUAGCAACAUUUCUGGCUGGAGGUUUAGGCUUUGGAGCUUAUCGCAUGGCCAACUUGAGUGGGGAAAUGGUCGAACCCAUAUUACUUGGCGUCUUUGUUUUUCUGCUAGCUGCGUUGGUGACAUUUGUGCGAUUCUUUCCCCAAAUGAAGGCUAGAUAUGAUUACGGAUUGCUCAUAUUUAUCUUGACCUUCAGCUUAAUCUCUGUAUCUGGGUAUCGCGAGGAGGAGCUUCUGGACAUGGCGUACAGAAGGGUCUCGACCAUCCUGAUCGGCGGCUUCACCGCCGUUUGUGUCUGCAUUUUCGUUUGCCCUGUCUGGGCCGGCGAAGAUCUUCACAAUUUGGUCGCCAACAACAUUGAGAAACUAGCUAAUUUCAUGGAAGCUUUUGGGGAUGAAUAUUUCAAGGUAGCAGAAGAUGGGGAGUCCAGCAGGGCAUCCUGUUUACAAGGGUACAAGAGUAUCCUCAAUUCAAAGCAGGCUGAAGAAUCCUUGGCUAAUUGUGCAAGAUGGGAACCUCGUCAUGGGAAGUUCAGGUUUCGGCAUCCCUGGAAACAAUACCUCAAGAUUGCUAGUCUCACUCGGCAAUGUUCUUACAAAGUAGAAGCUCUAAAUAACUACCUCAACUCUGAGAUUCAGAAAAUGAAAUCAAAUGAGUAUGCCUCAGUACACAUUUGAGAUUGAUGAAAAGGGAAGUAAGGUUAAUAACA